AUGGCGGCAAACGGCCAGACAGUGCCUGAAGGCACAAAUGAAGUGACCGACAAGGGCAAGGGUAAAGGCAAGGCCGUCGAGCAACCGGACGUGCUGGAAGAGGAAGACGACUCUGAGGAAGAGAGCGCGGCUGAAGAGCAACCCGAAGUUGAAGCAGAAGAAGAAGAUGAAGAUAUGGAAGAGAUCGAUCUGAGCAACAUCGUCCAGGGCCGCACUCGUCGCAAGCAGAUCGACUGGGCGGAAGCCGAGCAAAAGUCAAAGGAUGCAGGCGACGAAUUGGACGAUGAUGAAGAUGACGACGACGACGAUUUCGAGGCGGAAGAUGACGAUGAAGAGAUGAAGGGUUGA